AGUGUGGUUGGCACGGUUGGACUUCCGCUCUCACACUCUUCCGAGCUCUUCCGAAUCGACAAGUUGUUGCUUGAACAAUUGUGCAAAUGUUGAUCUGUCGUUUCGGCAGAUUUGAUUUGGUUGCUGUGAUAUAAAAGCCGAUCUUCCAGCAUCCCCAAGUGUUAGUUGCUUAUCCACAAUGUUUGUCCGCUGCCUGGUUUCAAUGAUGCUUCUUAUACUGCCUAUCCUGGGAGUCCUAGGAUUACAGGUGGUUUCUACCGACAGUUCCGACAGUAUGCAGAUCCAACCCCGCAUCAUUGGGGGCCAGGUAUCCAGCAUUAAGCAAGAAAAGUACCUCGUGCAGGUCACGACCUCAACAGAGAUGUGUGGGGGCUCGCUGAUUCAACCCAGGUGGGUCAUCACGGCGGCCCACUGCGUGUACAGAAAGAACAAGGACGAACUGAAGAUCUAUGGCGGGGCGUCGAACCAGGCAGGUCCCUAUGCCACCAUCCGUCUGGUGGACUUUGUUGCCAUUCGUCCGGACUUCAGCAUGAAGACCCUCAACAUGGACGUGGCCGCCCUGCGGCUGCAAUCGGCGUUGGUGGGCGCCAACAUCGAGACCAUUGCACUGGCCUCACAGCCCGUUCCGCCCCGAGCGAUAGUCAAGGUGUCCGGCUGGGGCUCCACCAGUGCCACCUCCUCCAGCACGGCCCAACGGGUGCACAGUGUUCUGUUGCCCGUGUGGUCGCGGUCCUCCUGUCUGUCCGCCUUCAAAGGCAUCCAUGGCAUCACCCGAUCAAUGAUGUGCGCCUCGAAGCCCUAUAGACGAGACUCGUGCGAUGGCGACUCCGGGGGUCCGCUCGUCUUCAAAGGCCAACUGGCGGGCAUAGUGUCGUUCGGUUACGGCUGCGCCUCGGCGCUGCCCGGCGUCUACACCAGCGUGCCCGAGAUCCGGGAGUGGUUCCUGAACACCGUGAAGCUGAAUUCCUGAGUGCCCUUCUCCCUUGGUAGUCUU